CUGAGGAUGGGAACAGAGCCACUGGUUCCUCCUCGGUGCGAGGAGCUGCUGUGGGCUGGAGGAGGAGGAGCGGGUGGGGCCUGGCUCUGGUCACUGACCGGAGACUCUCCUGGAUUUGAUUCGGCUGUGAUCAGACCGCAUGUCUGACCCAGGGGUCCGUCUGCUGCCGGGAGCGAGCUGCACUCAUCCCCCGUCACAUGUGACAGAUGGAUGCGGGGCCGUCGUCGCGCAGGAGGAUGAAAACAUCGAGGUUUUUCUAGGCUGGUAACGGGAGCAGCCGCUCGGCCCUUUCUUUAUUAUAGGGACGAGUCAUCCGCGGUUCGCUAUGUGAAGAUCGCCCGAUAAUUCUCAUCUCGCGAUCCUGACGAAUAAUUAUGAACAACGCGCAGGAUAUGUCGCCGGAUUUCGUGUUGAUGCGCCUGGUGUCCGCGGCAGAGGAUGACCGCCUGGACGCAGAAAACGGGAAUGUGCCGCCGGGAGGAGUGGUGCCGGGGCUGGGGAAGGAGGUCCUGGCUCACAGCGGCGUCAAGGCGGGUUUGGAUAUAAGCCGAGAUCCGACGGCGGGCGUCGAGCAUCCCGGGGGCCGCCUGAACAAAGGCCAGGCGAGCGGGGAGGGCACGGCUGCACCUGACAGCGGGCUGCCGGAGAGCAGAGCCCCGCUGUCCGCGCCUGCUCCGCCGCAGAGCCCCAUGGAGGCCCAGGGCUUUGACUUCGCUCCCAGCCCCGGCCUCCGGCCUCAGCUGCUGGUCUUCUCCAAUAUAAUGCGGAACGAGGAGGGGAUUUUAGAAUUGGACCGACGGAAUCAGCCGAGGGAUGCGGUGGGUUUGGAGCAGAGCCCGGGCUCCGGCUGCUCCGGCCCGGCUGUCAACAACAACAGUCCCGGGGACUCGCAGCAGGAGCGGAUCUCCGUGUCCGCGGACAUGCAGGGAGCCGCGGAGCUGUGCCGCCGGCAUCGACUCAUCUCCACCCCGCCCGAGUGGCCCUUGUUGUCGGACAGAUCCAACCCUCUCACCGUGAUCGAGUCUAAAUGGGGCUGCGCCUCCAGGGACCGAGAGGGAGCCGUGUUCGAGCUGGCCCGGCGGUUCGGGGAGCUCGGGGUCGGCGCGGUCCCCAAGAUGCUGUUUAAAGCCGGGGAGCUCCCGCAGUGCUCGUGUCAGGGUGCACACGGGCCGGGCGGAGGGCGAGUGGAACCCGGGGGUGACCCCACAGAGACCAGCGACGCUCUGUUGGUGCUGGAGGGGCUGGGGAGCGGGGAUGUUGCCGGCCUGGGCAUGGAGCAGUGCCCGGAGGACGAGACGGACGACGAGACCGGACGCCGCGAGUUUCUCCUCAACAGGAAAAGGGAAAUAGUUCAGAAAAUGUCCGGGGCUUUCUCCAUCAGCAGCUUCCAGGCGGAGCUGAGGCGGCAGGUGGAGGUUCUGGCCCCGGCGGCGGCGACCCAGGUGUGCAGCCUCCACGGGAGCGCGGCCGGCCGCCUGGCGCAGGUAAGCUCCGGGGACUCCGAGGUCGUGGCGCAGGUUUCAGCCAUGUCCCCGUCACCCACGCCGGUCCAGAGCUCCCCCUGGGCCACGAGUCCGAACCUGAGCCAGGCGUCGACCCCCCGGAGGCGCCCGGAGCGGUGCGCCAGCGCGCCGCGGACUCCCACGGGCCGGGCGGCGGAAAAGAGCCUGAAAGUUCCGGGCAAGUCCAAAAAGGGCUCGUUAAAGAUCCGCCUGAGCAAACUGUUCCGGACUAAAAGCUGCAGCGGCUCCAACCACCUGCUGGACAAGAGGCCCUCGGUCACAUACUCGGUGUCUUCAGCCGGGAGCCUGGUGGACAUGGCGAGCUCUGCUGGAGCCGAGCAGGACGCGGACAGCCACCACCAGCCCAGACUGACCAGGGCCCACAGUGCCUUCUCCCCCGCCUCCCUCUCCGCCUCCCUCUCUGCUUUCACUGGUGAGACUGUUUCUCUGGUGGACGUGGAUAUUUCUCGGCGAGGGGCGAACACGCCACACCCUCCCACGCCGCCCCCUCCUCCACGCCGAAGUCUCAGUCUGUUAGAUGACAUAGCCGGGCCUCAGCCUGGGCCUUUCCUAGUUAUGGGCGCCUCCCUGCAGUCCCUCCCCCUGCCUCUCCCUCCUCCUCCUCCUCCCUCCCACGCCACCAUCCAGCACAGUCUCAGCCUCAAUGACGCCUUCCUCCGGGCCCUCCCUCAUUCAACCCCAUCACCGGUGGACGCGUUACCCCCGUCCAGACAGGCUCCUCCCCCUAUGCUCUGUGCACUGCGGCGGUCUGAGGCCAGCAACUUCACCGCCAGUCUGAGGGAGCUGGAGAAGUGCGGUUGGUACUGGGGUCCGAUGAACUGGGAGGACGCAGAGAUGAAGCUGAAGGGGAAACCGGACGGAUCCUUCCUGGUCCGAGACAGUUCAGACCCCCGAUACAUCCUGAGCCUCAGCUUCAGGUCGCAGGGAGUCACGCACCACACACGCAUGGAGCACUACAGAGGGACAUUCAGCUUGUGGUGUCACCCCAAGUUUGAGGACCGCUGCCACUCGGUGGUGGAGUUCAUCGAGCGAGCCAUCAUGCACUCCAAGAACGGCAAAUUCCUCUACUUCCUGCGCUCCAGAGUCCCAGGGCUUCCUCCCACUCCAGUUCAGCUGCUCUAUCCCGUGUCUCGCUUCAGCAACGUGAAGUCACUACAACACCUCUGUCGCUUCUGCAUCCGACAGAUAGUUCGCAUCGACCACAUCCAGGAGCUUCCACUGCCCAGACCACUCAUCUCCUACUUGAGUAAGUUUUAUUACUACGACCCGGAGGAGGAGAUGUACCUGUCAAUCAAGAGCAUCCAGAGGGUGGUGGGAGCCGUGCAGGAGGCGGAGUCACAGACGUAGCAUCAGAGAUUUUCUCAGCUCAAGUUUCUGUGUGGAGGACUGAUCUGAACUGGUCUUCCAGCAUCAGCCGAUCCCAGUCCCUGAAAAUCUCUGUGUCCGGUUGGACGGGGGGACAGAACCGCCUCUCUGUUGAUUUGGACUAAUGAAAGGAGGGACAGUGUUUCCAAACUGAGGUUGUGCCGUUGCCGAGGACUCCGACUCGUCUGCGGAGGGACGGCAGAGACGUUCUCGCCUGCAGACAUGUCGGUGGAAACGAAAGGAAAUUUUGAACUUGAUUUGCAAAUUUCCCCGAAACCUGCUGAACUGGACUCUGAAAACACAAAUGCACUGGUCAGUUUUUACAACUGUUGUUUGCUGCCGUUUUCUUGUUUUUCCUUCCAUUCUGUCAAGAUGAGUGAUUCUGGAUUAACCGUCGCCCUCAGGACGGAUACACACACGAGGCAGGGCCACACACACGAGGCAGGGCCACACACACGAGGCAGGGCCACACACACGAGGCAGGGCCACACACGACCAUCGCCGAGCACUCGGACAGUCGGCGCGUGUCGUAGAGAUGGAGGCUGAGAGAAGUGUGUUUGACAAAAUCAAGUUUCCACUGUUCUGCAAAAUGACAUGAUGGAUUAGAUUAAAUCAGAACUUUAUUCUGCUUGUCACACCAGCUGACCCUGACAGAUGUGAUGAACUCUUCAUAACUCCUCAACCUGAAGUUCAUUUGUUUCUUUAUCGGCUGAUCAGACUGGAUUUCUGUUGAGUUUCACUCUGCUCUGAUCAGACAGCAGCGCCUGAUGCCUUCGUCCUGCUCAUGGUAUUUUUCAGAAGCUCCAGACGCGGCUGUCAGGAACGUUUUUUACAACAAUCAAUGAAAUACGCCAAAUUAAAAAUCAUUAUUUAUUCAAGUCCACUUCACCCGUGUCUCCUAAACACUAGGUCUUCAUCCACACUUAAAAACACAUCUACCCUGCUAUAGAUUCAUCCGACGUCCACACUGAUCCACAGAUCUAGGGCCUGUUUUAGUUUGAAAUGAUCAUUCACCCCCAGGUGAAGUGACUCUGCAGCAGACACAGGUUUUAUCGGCUCUGGCCGGGAUGGAAACAGGUCACUCAGGUGAAUCUGCAGCGAGGUGAGAGAGCGCCUGCGUUUAAAAACCCUCGUACACUGAACGUCCCGAUCGGGUGACGUGAGUCUGACCUGGGUGGGUUCUACCUUCAGAACAUCUGGUGUCACUGGAGAACCCUUCAGUCCGUCUUCACGUCAGCCUCCAAUCUUUAUUCUUUUAAAGAAUUAGUUUUGUUAAUAAUAAUAAUAAUAAUAAUGAUAGAUGGAGGUAUUUAACUCUGAGCUGCUUCGUACAUCACAUCCUACACUGACACCACCAGAGGGAGACACUUGAUAUCUGAGGAAUUCUUUCCAAACAUUUAACUCCACAGUCAACAGAAAGAACUAAAAUUCACUUUAUAUAUAAAACUAGGUUUUUAACAGAGCUACAGUGGCGUAGAGCAGAUUUAUCUUUUACAGUGAAGCAGCUCAUUGGGACUGAAGGCGGGAGGAUGAAGGAGUUUUGUAAAUAAACAUCAAAUCUAUGUUGAGACAUUGGUUUGAAUUUGGAGUUGAUGCAUCGGGAGGUUUUGAGAUUAAACCCAGAUGCCUGAUCUCUUCCCAUCGUGCCCUGCCUCAUGGAGUGUGUCCGUCCGCUCGACGCUCUCUACCUGUCGGUUUUAUUUGUUGAGAUGCCCAGGUGUAUUUUGUUCACUCUGUUUCUCAGUUCCCUGAAGCUGCAGCGACCCGCUCAGCAUUUUCAGUAAAAAAGAAAGAGAAGAAAAAGACAAAUAAACGUUGGUAUGUGUCGUAA